GCAAUCAAGCAGAACAUGCGGUAAUGGGGAGCUUGUGACACAAUUUUUAUUCCUAUUAUUCUACACACAAAGAGCACGCCUGCACUCUGCUGGCAGAAGAUACCAUUCGCGAAUUAACGAGACUAAGCUCAGAUCAACUAUGCCCGUCUGUCUCGGCACCGAUUGCACCGGCGCCAUCGAAUUCAGGAUCCUUACCAAGGACCGGAUCGAGGACGCCUUGGCCGUGCAACAGCAAUCGAUGCGCCAGGAGUGCAUCGCGAUCGGCAUGGGAAUGUACCAGGAUCCCGGUGCACCUGAAGAGAUGCAACUGGUGUUCAGAGAGGUCAUCAAAGACGGAUGCACGGUGAUCGCGGUCGAUCGAUCGGACCGCGUUGUCGCCGUGGCAUUCAACAAGUUACACGUGCCUCCUAAGCCGGGAGAAACGGAUUCCUUCGCUCUUUUUAUAGAAAAUAACAUCAAACAUCGCUCGUGCCGGGAUCUGAUUGAGUUCCUCGACAAUGUGGAAUCGCGAGUAGACAUCUUUCAAAAGUACAACGCGCGCGGUGCCAUGGAAAUUUUCUAUAUAGGCACAGAUCCGGAAUGUCAGGCUCGCGGAAUCGGUCGACAAAUCACGGACAAGAGUCUCGAAGUCGCACGCGGAUUACGCGCCAGGAAGCUGAAGCAGAUCUGCGUAGCCGAUAAAAUCGUCAACGAAUAUGUGCGACCGGAAGUAGCGUUCGCCGUCGCUGCCUCGAUUUACAGCCAACGAAUCAUGGAAACGCUGAACUUUGAGACUCUCGCCGAGUUGCGAUACGAAGAUUAUAUACGCGGUGGUGAAAGAAUGUCGGACAGGAUAGGUGACGUACACAGGACGGUCAAAUUUGUCGCUCGCAAACUUUGACGAUAUCAGAUUUCUACUUGCAUUUUGUGUAAAUGGAGUAAUUCGUAAUUUACGUCGAAAUUGAAUCAAUUUUGCUUUGAAGUGGAAAACAUAAUUUAAUUUAAAAAUACCACGUAUAAAAAUUUGCAGUAUAAUAAUGUAAUAAAUAACAUAAUGAAACUAUUUGAAUAGUAAUAUAUAUUAACCGGCUUAAUAAACUAAAAACAAUUAAGUUCUAUUUAGUUCGAAAGUAAGUUAUAAUAAUAACGUUAAAUAAAAUAAUUAUAUUUCUAUAAACACAAAAAGCAAUGAGAAUAACAUUAGUUGACUUAUUCACACUGCCUUGCUUUAAAUUAUUGAAAAUAAUGUUAAAUACCAGUAUUAGCUUUAAUCGUAAUUUCAAGAAUAUCUGUUCUUUUGCAAAUCAAACUUGCUAUUGACGGUAAUAUAAAUGCAAAAAGAUUUAAUUAAUUAAGAAUUACGCUGUUGGUUGACUUUGAUCAAAAUUAUAAACUAGAUAUAUUUCGGAUAGGAUGAAAAAUAUCACAAUAACUUUUUUAUAUAAGUAUAUAUAUAUAUAUAUAUAUAUAUAUAUAUAUAUAUAUAUAUAUAUAUAUAUAGAUGUGUAUAUAUAUCAAUACAUUUAAUAUAUCAUAUUUGUGACUGGACGCUCAAGGCUACGAUGCGUGACAGCAUCAUAAUUUUGAGUGAAAUUGUGUUUUUUCAUUCCUAAAUAAUUUCACGCAAAAUUAUACGAUGCAACCUGAUAUCCGUAACUAACUGCAAGCGCAAUAUCGGCCAAUAAAUAAUGUAUAUUAUUCUCGACACAAUUCACAACAUCUUGACUGGAUCGCAAUUGUCGCGAUUACGUCUAAAAGUAUACUUCGACAAAACCACAAAAAAACGAUAACAGUCGUACGCGAAUAAUGUAACGUGGCUUCCGCGAUUUUGCGGAUAUUGACAACCGACGACGGAAUUAUUAUAUGGAAAUAAUUAAUCUAUUGCUUAUGAUAUUUGUUUCCAUAUUCGAGAAACUCUCAAUAAUUACUCAAUGAUUAUCGCGUAUAUUAAUUUUCUCUAAAAGUGCGACGAUUAGAACUCUGCGCAAUACGUUAUUAGGAAGACACCCAAUAUAUAAUAAAUAUUCAAUAAAGCGUCGAGAUUCUGAAAGAAACGCGAAAACGACGCAGCAAAGUUUUGCAUUAUAAUGAAAUAUCUCAAAAUUGAAAGUGCUGUUUAUUGCAAAAAUCGAUCAAACAUAUAUCUCCAUACGAAAUUGUAACACGAAAAUUAAUGUUUCAAUUAUUGCAUUUUGAUACUUGAUUAUAUGUAUGGGAGAAAUGCGCCAUAAAUUAAAUAUUAUUUCAUUAAGAUCUCGUUAGUGGAAUCAGUUAAAGACAAAGGAAAAACACCGAUUUAACAAUAUUUUAAAUUGCACUUCAAUUCCUUCAUCUGAAUUCUUGACUUUUUUUAUGCUAUAUAUAAGUGCGACGUAUAUUGGCGUCUAUAAAUAAAUUAUCGAAUCUCUAUUACAUUAACUGCCGCACAUGCAUUUGAAUAUAUAAGAGUUAACAAAUAUGUAGAAUAUUAUAUAACAUAUAUGUAUAUAUGUAGAAAGUAUAUGGGGGAGAAAUUUGUUAUUGUACACGUUUGAAAUUGAAAGCUCUGGCGCAACAAAGAAGAAUUAAAUACCAAUUUUAUAAAAAACUACAUCUUGAGAAAUAAUGUGAAGACUAUCAAGCAGAGCCAUAUAUAUUAAAAAUUAAAAAAUAGCAAAUAAAAAGUUAUUUAUUGAUCUUUGUUGAAAUAAAGAAAUGUUAAAAGCUCUAGAAAAGAAAACAAGAAAUGUAAAAUGGAUUUGCUGCUUUUUUUCUUGCGCCAAAGACUUCAAUCAGUUUAGUUAUUUUUAUGCUAAACAAGAGUAUAAUCAACUUUGUUAAGAAGACUAUUACUACGACAUUCAAUGGUAGUCGAUUUAUAAUAGGCGAAGCUACUGAGACUGAGAGACGGAGAGAGUGGCGCAUCUAAUUUUAUUAUCGUUGCACUCAGUCAACUGUUAAUUACUUUCUUUUAAAACGCUAUUACUGCUAUUGUAAAAAAUGUGGACGUAUAACUGUUUUCCCUCCAAUAUAUAUAUAUAGAAUACGAUAUUGACAUAUUUCCAACAAAGUUAAUAUUUCCCUCUCUGACUUACGGUCUAAUUAACUUACAGCCUGAAUUCAUUAAUCGCUGCCAACAAACUAUGCCGCGUGUCAUUUUUGACAUACGACAAAUAUAUGUAUAAUAACGACACUUACAUAUGUAUUGUUAUUACUGUUAUUAUUAUCAUUAUUCUUUCAAAAUAGUAAUGCAACCACUAUAUGCAAACGCAUGAAUACAUUUAGCUCAAGUCGAAUCAUUCAAGACUCGUAACUUUUGGCACAAAUAAUCAUUUUUUCGUCUAUUCAUCACUCUGAGCCGCUUUUGAACUUUUGAUUUUUCCUUUUGUUCUUUCAGAAACGUUUGAUUACUUAAUGAUUUCAUUUUGGAAAGGAUAAGUACAAAGAUAGAGUAAAGAGUUAAAUUUAAGUUUGCGACAAGCAACAAAUAUGGUCUUUAAAAAACAAUAAAAACAUAUGCAGGUUAAAAAAGAAUUUUUAAGAAAUUAAAAAAAAAAUUAAUCAUACAUCUUAUGUAUCUUUUUUUAUAGAUAUGCUUGUACAUAUAUAAUAAAUACAAUUAAAAUUAUGUAGUUAUGUUACAAGAAUUUUCUAUGGAUUGCUUUUGUUCUUGUUAAAGUAAAAAUAAUAUAGGAUAAAAUAGAAUAAUAAAAUACAAAUUACUUUUACAGUCAUAAAAAUGUAUAAAUAAAAUAUUUCUGUAUUAUAAAGAAUUAUUUAGAAUUUAUAAAAAUCUUGCAAGAGAAAUAUCUCAAUAUAAAACUACACACAUUUAUAGCAGUUUAUCAAAGAUAAAGCUAGAAAAAAUAUAAAAGUGGCAGAAAAUUUAUAAUAAAAUAUUAAAGAAUCUCACAAAAAUAAAAGUAAUCCAAACAAAAAUAGAAAAUUUUCAAAUGUAAUAUAUAAAUACAUAAUUUUAAUUGCGUAUAUUAUAUAUAUAUAUAUAUAUAUAUAUAUAUAUA